UUACUAAUAUUUAUUGGACGAAAAAACACAUCAAGACAAAGCUUAUCUCUGCGUUCGUCCCUGAACGAUUUCAUCAUCAAGUAUCUUUUUAUCCUGGUUUUCAACUUAGGAUUACUUCAGACUCCACUAAUAUUUUUCAGACGAAACAGAAUAGCGAUGUUAUCAAUGUUGUCAGCUUGUAUCCUAUUGGUUACUUCCAUAACCGUGUUCUCCAUGACGUCAGCAGCUACCAUUGCUUCCUCUUCUGGUUUCUGCAUGCAUGGAGCCAAACCAGUAUACCCUGGAGAGUCAGUAGCCCUUCAGGAUUGCCAAUACAAAUGCAAAUGUGUGGUCAAUGAAGGUUAUUCAUUCUUCAUGUGUGAACCUCUUUGCGAGAGGUACUAUGACCAGAUCACGUGUUCUGAUGGACAGGAAGCUGUCAUGGAACUUGAGGAGACAUCAGUUCCUGAAUGUAAAUGCCCUAAAUACGAAUGUCCACCGGAGAGAUUUUCCGUGUCUCACUUUAUAGAUUACGGAAUUGACGGGGAUGGGUUUUUUGAACCAGAAUUCUAUGAGGAAGGUGAAAGUCCUUACUAUGAAUGAACAGGUGUCAAUUCUUGAAAAAGCAUCACUAAUCCAGCAUUUAAGUUCUUCCGAGUGCGUAGAUAUCUGUACAUUACCUUUGGGACAGUUAAAAUGGACAUUGCCCAGCCAAUCAAGUAAACAUAAAGCUCAAUGUCAUGUCUUAGACAAAGCCGUCCUGAUUGAUGGCUUUUUCAAUUAAUUUCCCUUUGUCGUCAAUGUUGUUGUUCGUGAUAUUUUAAAAUACUAUAAAUAGAGAAUAAAGUCUAAUCUCUGCCGUGGACCGCAA